UAGGAAGCGAAUUUACCAGACUUAUUUUACAGUAAACCACUUUAAAAUUCUGGUAAUAUUUUCUACCAGCAAUUCAAAUAAGGUAACAGAGGUGAUCAAGCCUUGUUAUUGGAGACUCUGAACAACUUUUCUUCAAAUUUCUUGUCCACGAUGCAUUUUCUUGGACAAAGUCUCGCCUUAUCCUUAAUUUUAGCGAUAAGUACGUUAUCGCGAAUGGGCGAAUCCGUCUGUUCAGAUCACCCUAGAUUAUUCCUCCAUCAAAAAACUUCCGUUCGCGAGCUCCUAGAAAGCGACUCGUUCGUAACAUUGACGGACAUUAGCAGAGAAUUCCUCACUUGUAGAGGAUCUCAAAAUGUGGAUUGGAUUUAUGAAGGAAACGGGGAACCAUCAAAAAUUCAAGAGUCCAGCUCAAUCCAAAUAAAAACUGACCACGAAAAUGAUACAUCGUACUGCAUGACAUCUCGAAUUUCCAUCUAUCCCAAGCAAUCAGACACUGACUUGGCAAAACACACGGGAAAGUACACUUGCCAUGAAAUCGGCAAUAUUUCCAACUCUGUCUCAAUUUACGUCUUUGUUGGGAGGCGAAACGCUCCAGCUUUUCUGCAAAGCAGGAAGACAAUUACUCUUCCACUUGGUCCGGAAAAUGCGACAGAUUCAUCAUUUCUGAUCCCUUGCGCUACAUCAAGUCCUUUCGUGAAUUCGUCUCUCUUCCGAAAACCGACUGGGUUCCCAAACUCCAAGUUCAAGCUAAUAUCCACAUCCACAAGUGGGAGUCACUCCGCCCUUGAUUCUGCUUCAAUGAACCGCACAGGAAGCGGAGAAAACUCGACGGAAGAAGAACAAGUAAUCUUCGAUCCACGUUUCGGCUUUCGCGUAAGCCUUACUUCGCCACAACAGAAUUUAUCCUCCUUUUAUGGAGAUUAUAAAUGUGUUGCAAAAAUUGCCCCUGGAUCAAUGGGAAAGACUAAUGAAAACGGAAAUGAAGAUUUCGUUAUUUUUGGCAUGGUUCCUCCUUCAACCUUUCGAGCCUUUCCACCCGAAUCGACCGUGUUUACGUCGAACAUUCUCAACCUUACUUGCCAGUCGAGUGAAGACUCCGUCAUUCUCAAGCAGGUGAAAGUGCGACCACUUUCACCUGGGUAUGAUGACGCUUACAACAUGUACGACGAGGAAGAUGAGACCGAUGUCAACUCCAAUUCCGUCGAGGAUAUUGACGAGACAUUGGAAAGAACUGAGAAUAAACUCCAUGUGGCCAAUUAUCUUGAUUUAAAUCCUGUCCCCGGAACUUUUGGAGAAUUUCAAUGUCUUGCUGAGAAGGAUAAAAGAGUUUUGCAUUCUUGGAGAUAUAGAGUGUUGGGAAAAAAAGAAGACAAGUUGAGUGGAAUAAAAUUCAACAAGCUGGAAGGUUCGUUCUCUUGCCGUUCCAAAUCAGGCCUUCCUGGCAGACUUUCCUUCGUUAGUUGUCGAACUCCCAGUGAGUGCAGAAUCAAUGAGAUAUGUCUCCAAAAGUCGGAUGGCUGCCGAGGCUACUCCAACGCUACGAAGGCUCUCUGCCACCGUGGGAAUAACUUUUGUGGAAAAAUAUUUUACAAAGGGGGAAGUGGACUGAUUCGAUGUAUUGGAGAUGGGAUUGAUCAGAUUCGUGGUUUCACUGACGAGGCGAACGAUUUGAGAUUGAGAAUGGGAUUUCACAAACUAAAAGCCUCCGAAACCGUCCUACUUUCUCUCAACCCACUUCCAGAAGAGCUUCCAGGAAGACAAAGUUUGGAUUUAGUGGAAGGUGAAGAAGUAAACUUGAGUCUCAACUUGGGUUACUAUUACUUUCUCCAACCUGUUCAAUGGGCAGUGAAGUUUAGCAACGGAAGUACACUGCAUAUUGCUCCAGAAAAGGAGGAUUUACACAAGACAAAGUUACACAGAACGAUUCAUGCUCGAAUUCGGUUGCCCGUUGUAACCCCAUCGGAGAACUUUACCUCUUCAAUUGUGGGAAUCAACGCGCUGAUUCCUCUCAGAAGUUCGGUCCUGCCAAGCUGGAAAACUAUCACUUUGCUCACCACGGUUAAACCAGUGCCUUCAAACGAAUCUGCAUCAGACGUUCCACAAGAAGGUGAAAGUCAAGACUUGAUCAUACUUGGGCAAGAAGAAAUUGACGGUGAAGGAAGGACUGAUAUUCAAUUUGACACGGAAAUACAAGAAACCACGCAGAAAAUCAUGGAAGACGUUGUAGAGACCAUCGAUCAAAGUCUCCAAAAUGACGACCACACCAUCACCACCAACAAUAACAAGUCUCCUGAAGGUGAAAGCAGCCUGAUGACGGUGGCUGUCAAGGAUGAUGUGAUGACGGUGGGUGUGACAGAUCCUAGUUUUCCAGGAAAUUCUCAAGAGGAUUUCCGUUCCGGUGACAGUGUGACUACAGAACGGAACAUUGGUGAUUUUAUGUAAUGCUGGCCACUACCGGUUCAAGGAAAGUCGGCUUUUCUUUCAUAAACCCACGCAACAGGUUGGAUAUACAUAUAUUACGCCGUAGCUUAAGUUGUGAUUGUACAUAAAGAAUAAUUAUAUAAUGGGAAAACACGCAUUAUGUAAGUAUGGUGUGGGUGGGUGGGGGGUGGUACAUAAUUGUCCGAGUACCUAUAUUUUGUAUGAAGUGAAAGUGAGUAAAUAAAUAAAGAAAAAAACGUCCGCUGCAUUAA